AUGCAAGAUUCAGAGAGAGAAGCACUUCGUAAAAACAGGCAGGCUUUGUUAAAGGAUUUAGAGGCAAAAAAGAUCGCUUCUCGGCUUUUUUCCUCUAACAUUUUCAGUGUAGAAGACAAAGACGAAGUCAACUCCAAAGAAACCAAGAACGAUCAAGGAGAGGCUUUGUUAGACAUUCUUCCUCGUAAAGGACCAAAAGCUUUCAAGGCAUUCUGUGACGCUUUGCACGAUGUCUCUCCUCAUUUGGAGUCACUUCUAAGGCCAAUUCAAGCAGAGGGUAAGGUUGAAAUUGAUCUCAAUUUUAAAUUGAUGAACUAAACCUUCGUAAGUAAAAAAAAUUCCGGUUGUAUGCAUGACAACUAGGAGGCCUUAGCUUGUAUAUGUAUGGACAUAAAACUCUUUUUCUCCUGCAUCUAAUCAUGGAUAUUCCUCGGCAUGCCAUUUGUGGAAUACCGGUGCUUCUUUGAACCACUAAUUUGUCCGUGUGAAAUCAUUUAUGCUGAUAUUCGCGCGUGGGUUUUCACUCGAAUUGUCAUGUUGCCAUAUUUCUGAAUUACAACCAACCUCUCAAACUAAUUUUGGUGUUUGACUAAUUCACAUUAUCUUUUUCCUGAAAUGUGACAAUUCAGGGUAAAAUCCUCUUGACGUAAAGUACAUUUUAAAUAGAAAGUGAAUACACAGUGGGUAAAACCCCUUGACAGAGUAUUAAAAGUAGAGUUUGGGUACAGUACAUGUUAUUUACAUGUAGAAUAUUUUAUGAAGAAACAUUUUCAAUAGCUUUUAUUGGAAGUAUUUUGGUCAGUGUGUACCUCCAUUUCUUGAAAAUUCAUUUUCAUAUAUUGUACUUUUGAUAGAGAAGGGACAUGUCAGCACAGAAAAUUUUAAACAUUCCCAUUAACUAGUAUUUGCAUCCUGUAGUCAAACCUGGUGAUCAAUAUAGCUGGCCUUGAACAUCUGUUCAGUCUCAAAAUGUUUUCAGAUUUGAUUGGUUUGAACUCUAUUGAUAAAUCAAAUUGGUGGUAUAUUAAAAAUAGAUAAUCUUACUACAAUAAUGAUAUUCAUUGUCAAAUGUGUCUAAAAAUUUUUCCACUGAAGCAUACAGACACUCAAACUGUUGAUCAGCUUUUCUAUUGUGGCUUUUUCUGUAGUGGUACAGCUUGUAGACAUCAAGAUCUAAUUCUCUUGACACUCAGGUAUGCCGACUGAAGGUACUGAUGGUGGAAUCAGCACCAAGAAACCUAUUCCAAGCGCUAUCAAUCCAGGUGCAGCAGGUAUGGUAAUUAGAAUGCUAUAUUAUAUAAUUGCCUCUUGAAACAACAAUGACACAUUGAAUAAUGGUAUUUGUUCAAAUUAAGUUAUAAAGGUGAUAUCAGUUAGCUUUGUACAGCUGUAAAUGUACAGUUACUUCAGGUGCAGAAAGACCCAGCUGUCAUAACAAAUCCAACUUGACCAGUCAUUCCAAAAAAACUUUUUCUUGGUAUAAAGGAUCUCAGAUGAAGAAAACAGGCACCACAACUAAAAUCUCAAUAUUAUCCAUAUCUAGAAGCAUUCAAAGAAAAUAAGAGAACAAAAUGUUAAAUUUGAACUCUCCAAUAGCUUUGUAUCACAUUUACUGACAACUGUCCUUUUAAAAAUUACCAUAGCUUAGACAAUCAUGCUACUUAUUUGUGGCUAAAGGCUGACAGAUACUAAUAGUUCUCAAAUCAUUUCCUCCUUACUUAUAACAUUCAAAGAUUAAUUAUUUGUAUUUAGAGUGUGUUUUGUCAAUGUGAGAAGAUUAAAAAAAUGAUAAUUAUCUAAUUUAUUUUGAGAGGGGUGCUUUCGAUUGCUUUCUAGCACCAUAAAAAAUUAAUGCAUGUUAGUUUGUUUUAGUUUUCCUCUUUCUUAAAACAAUGCUGCUCUUUGGUAUAAAAGUAUACUUUUGGUAAGAAUUCUGUUCUUCUUAGUUCUUAUUCAUAAGUUUAAAAAAUAAAAUCCUCAGCCCCUAUAACUCAAAAUGUAGUUAACUGCAUUGUUUAUUAUGUGGCCAGCUUGCCUUUUUUUGGAAUCUUUCGGCCUAGUGAUAACUUAGAUACUCCUCAGUUAAACAAUUAUCUGGUGCUGGCAGCACUAUCAACAAACUUGUUCUAUUAGGAAUUUUUCUGCAUCAGUAUCAUUGCUAAUACCAGGUGUAAGUUAAAUUGGGACCAUUUCUAAUAAUUGUGCUGCAUUACCUGUCAUGACUAUCAGCCUCUUAUUCCAAAUUUUGCUCUGAUCAUUUGAUUGAUUCAGAUGGUCUCUACUUCUUUUGCUUUAGUUUAAUUAUACACUCAUUAAAACCUAAAUGCAGAGAUGAAUUGAACAUUAAUGACAGGUUUGUGUUAGUACAAAAUUGUUUCUAGUUGAUUAUUUUGACUUAAAUUUGUGGGCCAGCAAACAAAAUCUUCUGCCUGGAGAAAAGAAGCUACAAUGCAGCAUUUGAUGUAAAAUUUAUCUGCAAAUGGAAAAGGUUUUCUAACUUUAUCAUUCUGCUGCUUUCAAGUUAUGCACUUUCGUGUUAACAUAUCAAUGAAUCCUUGAUGAGUGCAUGAGAGCCAGCCAUCAGGCCAGCCAGGCAGCAAGAUGUUUCCAAAGCUUGCAUUUUCAUAGCAGUUAGAUAAAUACCUGCCAGGAAUCAAUCCCGAUUAUAAAAAAAGUGAUUCAAUCGGGUUAUGUUUACCUUUUCUCAUAACAAAUAUAUAUACACAAAGCUGCAUCCACAUUUUUUACUGGAAACGAAGAUCAAAGCAGUUUUCUUCAUAUUUGGAUUUUCUUCUAACAAGACCACAAUGACACUAAAGGAAAGAAACCUUAAAAUUUGUGGAAUAGAAGUAACAAACUCAGCUUGAAUUCAAAAUGUCAGGUAAGCCAUUUGAAUUCUUUGCUAUCAUUCAUUUGAUUGUAAUUUUAAUUGUAUUAUUUAGUGGGUGACCAUCCAAGUAAACCAUCUGCUGAUCUAGUGGAUAGCACUGUGGACUCAAGUUCAAGAGUUCAGGGUUCAAGCCCAAGCUCUGGCUUGGUCAUUGUGUUUUUGGCAUGGCGAGAUACUUACUCUUGCCUUGCAUCUCCCCACCUUUGAGUUAACAUGGGCACUGGCAAACUGACUUGGAAAGUUGUUUAGAAGUGAUAGAAUACAUUUAGAGAAAUAUCCAGUAGAGGUCAGAUACCUCCAGAAAGCUAAAGCCAGUUGUACUGUGAGUUUGACCAACUAUUUACCUAAAGCUGCUAACAAACAAACAUUACAACUUAAAGCACAUGCUACUUAAUUAACACCUUUGCAAGGUAACCAUAUCAAGAUUUAGAAGGAUUUGAUGUUAUUGAAACUGAAAAGUUAGUGACACAGGACUGUUUCAUUGUGUUAGGUGUUAUAAGAGCACUUGAAAGAUGUCUUGUUCUCAUGGUGCCUUUUCUCCUCUCCCUUUAGAGGAGAACACUGGUACUGGUGAACUGUAACAUGACCUGCCCAAAUUGAUGAAAGGGAGGUGAACAGCACUGGCUGAGGCCCUAUCUAAUAGAAAUACUCUAACCUAUUUUGUUCCAGUUUAGAAAAAUGGGACUUAAAAUAGCUAAUAGCAUACAGUGUAAUUUCUUAAGUCUUGAGAGUUAGAGAUUUCUUUUCCUUUUUCUUUUGGAUGAAAUAAAUGAAUAUUACUCUCCUGUUUGCCCUGUAGUUGAUACUGUAGGUUUCAAAUCUAGCAGUGUUAAAAUGAAACCUUUCAGUUAGGACAAGAAUAUGAUUUGGAAAAUGUUCCUUCUGGAUCAGAAGUUUGUUUUCUAUUUAAAAGGACAUCUUCUGAUUAGAAAAUCUCCAGAAGGCUCAGCUAACUAGUGAAGAUGAAGUGUUGUAUCAUUUAUUUGAUAACCAGUAGUGUUCAUAAUCACUUAAUAACCCCUACAGUGACAUUGCUAUUAAUAUGUAACCUAUUACAAUUUGAAUGCAUUGUCUUGCAAACAGGUAAUAAGAAUAGGGUUUUGUGUCAAAAUAGCAACAACAUCUCAGCUAUUUUACAAGGAAAGUGUAGGAGGUAGAGGAAGAAAAACCAACUGGUUUUGACAGUUAAAAGGGUAUUAGAUUGAAUUUAGAUUUUUUUUUCAAUUUUCAGAAAAAGAAAACCAAGUAGAACAGUUAGAACAAGAAAUUGAUCAUCCACAGCCUCUUGCAGACAUUUGUGUUUGCGAUGAUUCAAUUUACAGAAUGGCUCACCAACCCAGAGGCAUAGCUGUCAUUAUAAAUAACAAGACAUUCCAAGAAAAAACCAGACAGAUGUCACGUGAAGGCACAGAUCUAGAUCGGGAUGCUCUGAAAAAGCUUUUUCACAAGCUCCUGUUCAAAUUGGAGGUCCAUAAUAACAAAACCUCUGCUGAAAUCCUAGAGAUUGUGGAGAAAAUGUCAAAACUAGAUCAUUCAAACUAUGAUGCUUUCAUCUUCUGUAUUUUGUCACAUGGUGAAGAAGGUGUGGUGUAUGGAACAGAUGAUACUGUUCCAGUGGAGAAAAUAACCUCCAGGUUCACAUCUACAGCUUCAUUGGCUGGUAAACCAAAGAUCUUCUUCUUCCAAGCUUGUCAAGGUAUUAAUUGUGAUGUUUUUUCUGUCAAAUUAAAAUUAGGACGAUGAAGGAUGGAAGGCAGUGUUCAAGAUUUAGUAAGUUAGAGUACAUUAUAGGCACUCCCUCCCCCCUUUAGAUCAGACCUUCACACUUAUGUUUGCAACUUUUGAAUUAUUUAUCUUCCUUGAGUUAUAUUCUCAAAUUUCACUGAAAUUGGUCUUCACCUUGGUAAAGAAAAAGAGAAAGAUGUUUUUUGCCUUGUCAAGAGCAUGGGACAAAGAGAAAAUCUUUCUUUAUUCUUUACCUAGCUCAAAACCUUACCAUCUCUCUUAUUCUAUUUACAAACAUGAUGCUAUUGACAUUGCUGAUCCUAGCAGUAUGCAGGACGUGUGUCAUAUGAACUUCCUAAUAGACUUUGCCCACUGUGGAGUCUCUGUGGCUAAGUGGUAGGGCAUCAGAGUGCGGAAUCCAUAGGUCUGAAGUGUAAUUCCUCAUGGGGACUCAGAAUUUUCUCUUUGUCCUGCACUCAUGACAAGGCAAAAAACAUCUUUCUCUGUUAACAGUAUACUUUGCUAAAGAAAGAGUUAAGCAAUUUUUCAAGUGUUGAUUGUACAUAUAUCUUUUACUGCUUUGAUAAACAAUGGGUGGAUACAAACUUAUUUAAGACUCGAAAGAUAUAAAAAUCAGUAACUACAAUUUUGUAGAGUUGCUUAGCUUUUCAUUUUUCUAGAAAAAAACAUUUGAGAUUGCAAAAUUCAAGUGAAAAGCAAGCCAACUGUGAUUAACACCUUGAACAACUGGAAGUCAAGAUACUUUGUUUUCAUCACGCAACAAGUUACAAAAUGCAAAUAUCAUUCUUCUUAAUGCCUUUCCCGGUGUCACUGAUGCCUUUCCCAAUGCCUCUGUUGGCUAACCCUUUAACCCAUAAGAGUGAUUUUGGCUUUAUGACAGAAUUGUUUUUUGCAACUACAAAUAAUUUGUCUCUAUAUGAAGAAUUAAAGUUGUUUUACUGCUGACCACUCACAUUUUUGGACUAUUUUUUUUCCGGGCUCAUCGCCUGUGAUUUAGUAGCUCCUAAUUUAAAAUGAUUAGAGUAUUUACUCUAAUUUUCCCUACUUGCUAUUGGAAGAAUGAUCUCUAUGGCUACAAUGAAAAUGAUCUUUUAUUGGUCUUGUAGGUGAAUCAUUUCCUUUCAUUGAUUUGCAGGUCAGAAGUUUAUGGAAGGAGUUGAUAUUCCAGAUGGUGCUCAGCAUGGCAAGAAAGCAUCUGUCCCAGUGGAGGCAGAUUUUUUAUUUGCACACUCCACUGUAGCAGGGUACUAUUCCUGGAGGAAUUCUUCCAAUGGAUCAUGGUUUAUUCAGUCUGUAGCAAAAGUGUUGAGAGAGAAUGCUGACCAUAUGGAUCUCCUCAAAAUGCUGACAAGGGUCAAUUCUAUGGUAUCUGAGUUUGAGUCGCGUUCUCACAUUCCCAUGUUUAAGAACAAGAGGCAGAUACCCUGUAUUGUUUCAAUGUUGAGAAAAGACUUUUACUUUUUCCCUGAAAAACUUGGUCACACAGAAUUGAUCAAUCAAGAGAGGAAUGGUGGUUCAAUUUGUAAACUGUCUUAAGCUUCUAAAGGAAAUGUAGUCACAUAAUUGCUUUGUCAUUUACGCUUCAAAAUCCAAGUUUUUGUAUUGUUCUAACCUGCAAACACCUAAACUUCCCAAAGCACCAUUUUUGUUAUUGAUAACCUGGUAUACUGGAAUAUAACAAGCAGGAACUGUAUCUUUUUAGAACAAAGGUAGACUUCCCCAGUAGCCACCUGAAUGGUACAAUAAUUGCUUAGAAUUUAGAUUAAUGUGAGUAUGAUAUAUAUGAAAAGCAGAAUAACCUUGUAUCAAGAUGAGCAGAUGUGUUCUUGAAGCAUCAUGUAUCAGAUGACUUUUCAGGCUAUUUUAUUGCAAUUUGAAACUUAAAUUGCAAGGAAGGGCUGGAAUCAUUAUUUCUUUCCUUGGUGAACUUAAUGUAUGGUUUGUUAAAACUAAUGUUUGGUUAAAAGCUGCCUUUUUUAGGGUUAAAAAAAGUUAGGAAAGGGAAUCUCAGGUUUUUUGCAACUAAACUGAAUUUGACAGUUUCUAAGAUUGUUUAUUUAUGGUGAUGGUUUUCUACUUGUGCAAUAUUUUAUAUCAUUGUAGUGACGCCAUGUCUGCCGUGUUUGGCAUGAUGGAGGGGGUGUGUGAAACCAUCUUCUUUGUAGUUAAUAUUCAAUACUUAUUUUGAACUUUUUGAUUUAAAAAAUCUCAAAAAAUUGAAUAUACUGUUUGUUGUUACAGCAAUGAUGAUAAGAUUAAUGAUAAAAGAUGAUAUAAAUUUCUUAGUGUAAAGGUAUUUUGAUAAUCAUUAGUUAAUAUAUUAAUCUGAAAGUUGCGUAUCAUUAACUUGUGCACCAGUCCCAAGGCACGUUAUUUCACAAAAUAACUAGUCAAAAGAAAAAGAAAUCUCUGAUCUCUAACAGUCUUAAGAGAGUAGAAUGAUAACAACUGCUGACAGUGAACUUAGUAAUGGUGUAGAAAGGUAUUUUCACUCAUCUGUUGUGUUUCACUUAUAUUUAAGCGCCAUAUUAAUAAUCGUCAUGUACUAUUUACUGUUUUUAUUUGAAAAAAAGCUAUUUAUUUUGAAAGUAUUUUGUAAUGUAUUGUUUUAAAAAGUCUUGAAAAUUAGAUUCCCUACAUAUUUGUUAUGCUUGGCAUACUGAUGUACUACUUACAAAAACUUUGUUAAGACAUAUUAAAUCUUUGCACAACUUAACACUCCCAACGCAUGUAUCUCCCAAGCAUACUCCUUCCCCCUCUUUUUCCAACGUUGUAAAAUCCUGUGCCAGGCUCACGAUUGCAAGCAAAAAGCAAGAAAGUUCAGCUAGGUUUUUUUUCCCUCUUGCUUAACCCACCAUGUCUCGGGUGCCUUUAAACUGAGUCUUUUGAACCAAGCAACAUUUAUUGAAGGUAGAGGGUUGAAGGGGGGGGAAGGGGUGGGAAUGGCAAUAAAAGUAACGUUGAUGUUGGCGGUCUCUAGGUACAUGACUUCAAAACACGUCUGCUUCGUUUUUCAGAACAUGCAGAUCAAGCUGAUGCUAAAUUGUUUUCAUUUGGAGGCAGCUCUGGUUCCAAACCCUCUUCCAAUACUUUGGACACGGAGACUGUAUACAAGAUGGACCAAGGAAAGCGGGGAAUUGCCAUCAUCAUUAACAACAAGGAGUUCCUGAGGAGUUCAGGAAUGGAUCGGUAUCCUCGCAAUGGAACAGACGUCGAUCGAGAUGGUUUGAGUAAGCUUUUCAGAAUGCUUAAGUUUGAAGUGAGGGUUUACAAUAAUCUUACCAAGGCUGAGAUACGUAACAUUGCAAAGGAGAUGGCGAAUUACAACCAUUCCAACUACAAUGCCUUUAUUUUCUCGAUCCUUACUCACGGUGAAGAGGGUGUGAUUUAUGGUACAGACGGGACCCUUACCAUCAAGGAAAUCACAUCAGAGUUCAAAUAUUCUGCGUCUUUGGCCGGGAAGCCUAAACUCUUUUUCUUCCAAGCUUGUCAAGGUGAGAUCAUUUAAAAAUCAAAUUUAAAUGGUAACGUGCAGUAUUUCAACAAAAUAACACCCUUGGUUGAGCUGAAUGGAAAUCAAUUGUGGUUGUCUAUUUGCAAAGAGAGGAGUGGGUUUGUGAUCCAUUAUCAAAAUUUGAUCUCAAAAUGUCUCUUUUCACUCAGGGAAACUUAACAAAUUGCUGGCGAGUUACUUGCGAUCGACUUCUAUUCCUUUUAGAAGUUACAGUGUUCUUAAUUACUUCUCGCUUCAGAAACUUAAUUGGUUGAGAAAAUGGCGCGAGUAUUUUUUUGUUCUAGUCACACAGCGGAAUGAGGCAAAACCCAAUCAGUCCCAGACUCUUUCCAACACCCAAUUGAAACCUGCCCUAAUUCAAUGCAAUCCCAAAUUAUGUCCGAAUUUCAUUUAAAAUUUUUUUUUGAAAAUCCUCUUUUUUAUUUCCAAAUUCCAAGGCCACGAGUACAUGGACGGUAUGGACGUAACAGACGCCCCGCAAGAUAAUCGAGUCUCUGUCCCAGCUGAGGCAGACUUCCUUUAUGCCUACUCCACUGUGCCCGGUUACUACUCAUGGAGGAACUCUGUCAAUGGAUCGUGGUUCAUUCAGUCGCUGACAAAGGUGUUUGAAGAUAACGCGGGGCGCAUGGAUAUCCUCCGCAUGCUGACCCGUGUCAACGCCAUGGUGUCCACUUACAAGUCGCGAACUGGCGACUAUUACUCUGACAGCAAGCGCCAGGUUUCUAGUAUUGUUUCCAUGUUGCGCAAGGAACUGUAUUUCUUCCCUGAAAACAUCGAGCACAGUUAAAUCAGACCGUGUUGUUACUUAAUUUGGAUUGUAUUAAUGUGAGUAAUUUACUUAGUAUUGAUGAUUUAAGGGAGUCGUGCCUAGACUUGAAGGAUGUCUAAAGAACUACGUCAAAAUAUUUAAAGUCAUGUUUUGUCUUGGGAAAAAUUGCCUUCCCCUUGAAAGAGAUUUAAAAAUAUAGAAACAAAUACAAAAGAUGUAAUAAUAAACGGAGAGGAAAUGAGGUCAGCUAAGGAUGGAGAAAAAUAAAAGGAUUUUGAGAUGUCAAACUUGAGAAAUGUAGUCUAAUUUUUUCAAGAUCCAUAAAGCUGGCCGUCACAUUAAUAACAACAUCUUGAGAAAGUUUGGAUUAAUUUUAUCUUUGCGAAGAUGCAUUAUUAACCAGUAAAUGUUUGGUGUUAGCUUAUCUUCUUUCGUCUUUAUCUCUUCCUCCACAUGACUGAAAUUAUCUUGACGUAGGUCUUCUGACGCAAAGGCUCAGGAGCCCGGCUCUCGAAAGGCUCGGUUACAUUAGGGUCCCGAAGCCAUUCUAACGAAUAGCAUUGUGGGUCUCAGCUCAAAAACGAGGCCAUUCUUUACGUUUCCUGAAAUUUCAUCGCGCGCCUGAGUCUUGAAUGUAAACACGAGAACUAAAAGGCCUUUUACGUGCACGGUGAUUAUAGGGACUUUCGAGAAACGGGCUCAUGGAUAGACAUAUCGAAAGUGUCAUGUCGCUUUGGUGUUCUUUGAAUUUUGGUGGAUUUUUUGGUGUGUUUAGGGCCAAAAGAAGUUUGUUCAUCGGUGAUAUUAAUGUAGUGUUUAUAGUAGAUUUCAAAAGCUGAUUUCCAAGCUGAAAGAUACAGAUUAUUGCCUUUAUUCUUGCCUAGUAGGGUUACCUUUCUUUUUAAAGGUUUCCCUUUUAUAAAGAAUAUCUAGUAUUGUCGCGCUUCCAGCGGAAGUGAGAUCAAAUUAGUUAUUAAGCUUGUUUGUAUUACCUAUUCGAAACUAGCAUUUGUAGGUUUGGUCUCAUUUGUAGGUUUGGUCUCAGAUGAAAAUUUGAUUAUUUUAGUGUGGAGUAGAUUUCUCAUGAAACCUAUGUUAUGCCUAAAAUUGGUUACUACUGCUGUAAUGAUUUUCGAUCUUCCUUUCACAACAGAAAUGUACUGUUUUGUUUCUUAUGUAUAUCAAAAUUAAAGAAAUAGCGAUGUCAUUUUCCUCGGUUUCUAUCAUUUUUCGUACCAUUUAGCUAGUAUUUGUCAUUUAAUGUGUUGUUCUUCUCCCUGGUAGUGUUUAAUUUUAUAUCUUCCAUAAGAUAAGUUAAUUUAAAUUUGGAAAAGAACUCACAUUGAAAAGAAGUCGGAUUGUUCAAAAUACGAUUUCUAUGGGUCAUGUUUAGAGUAACGUUUAUUUAGCUAUGUAUUUUGUAGUGUAUGAAAAUAGAGGAAAGUUCCGCACUCGGACCGAAUGCGCUGAUGACAGGAAAAUGUCAAAGCAGUGUCAAAGAAACUUGUUUGGCAUGUUUUCAUCGUGAAAUAGAUCAAGGAAAAUUAGGAAAGUUGUCUAAGGUAUGUCGUAUGUAAGGGGCGAAUAAAUGGGUGUU